GUGGGGGGGAAAUUUGUGACAAAUGGUGAAGGUGAAGUGAGAUAUAAUGGAGGUGGCGUGAGGUUAAGAAGCAUUAAGGAUGGGCUGACACUUGAUGAAUUGAGGCUAAUGAUAUCUGAGUGGAUUGGUGGCGAUGGAAGAAAUUAUGACAUUAAGUACACAGUGGCCUUUGAUGAGAAGACAUUGAUUGACCUUCAUGACAAUGCUGAAAUGUAUAACCUCUUUCAAUACAAUGGGAACAGCGGUCAUGUGUAUGUCGCCGAAAAAAGACAAGUGGGUCCCCAACCAAGGGACAAUGUAGAAAUAACAGAGAGAUUCAUGGGCAUGUCACAGCAAACUGAACUGGAUGCGUCUCCCAUUAGUUUGUGUUGUGAUUAUGGCUGGCUCAGUGAAGAAAAUGCUCGUGAAUGUGACAAUGAUGAAAUAAGUGGGCCCCCUAAUGUGGAUAAAUCUAUCGGAGCUGAAGAUACGGAUGGUAGUGAGAUGGUUCAUGCGGAAUGGAGGGGACUUUUAACAGGAGUGGGCCAACGUUUUCCUAGUGCAGAUGUAUUUCGGGUGUCUGUAUACAAGUUUGCACUUGCAAACAAGUUUGUGGCCAAGUAUAUGAGGAAUAGCAAGGAAUUCAUGUCGAUAAGGUGUAAAGUUGAGGGUUGUCCAUGGAAGCUAUGUGCAAAUCAUGUGGGGAAGAGUUGUGAUGUGCUACGAGUGACGACAUUUAUAAACCGGCAUGUUCAUUCUGCCCAAGAUAGCUUGGACGUGAUGCAUAGUGGAAGAGCUAGUUUGAACUCAUCAAUAAUAAUUGAUGAGAUGAGGGAUCAUGCAGACAAGCGCACUUCUGAGAUAAGGAAGAGGUUGAAACGAGAGUAUGGGAUUGAUCUAACAUAUAAACAGGCUUAUAGAGCAAGAGAGAAGUCACUGGAAGACAUAUAUGGCAGGCCGAACAAUCAUACAUGCUCAUACCAUGGCUAUGCGAAAGGAUAA